AUGAAUCGCGGCACUCAGAUAACGAUGAAAAGAUUAUUUUCAACAUCUCAAAGGAUGCUCGCGGAAGCGGCAGGAGAGCAUGCAGGUGGCAUGGACCUUUGGAGGAAGUUGACAUUCUUCGGUGCUUUCCCAGUCAUUGCUCUUUGUGCUGUUAAAACUUAUUUGGACGUCACUCAGCACCCGCACGAACCUCCGGAGUUCAUCAAGUAUGAUCAUCUCAGAAUCAGGACUAAGGAGUCGAAGUGGCUUCGAUUGAUAUUCCAUCUUGCUGGUUUCGUAUUCUUCGCGUACGACAUCUGGUAUCAUCUUGAAUACCUGCAUUACCCAGAAUCCAUGAAGCACAUGUACACCUAUGGUGGCAUGUUCAAAUAUUUGACCGUGUGGGACCUGUUCGUACAAUGUGGAUUCUACCUCGUGUGUGCGUUGUGCGAUGUCAGGCCGAAUCAGCAUCACUCCCGGUGGGAUGUCCGUUUCAAAGAUUUCUUCUUCGCUGCCUUCGCAUUUCCACUUGGUUUGUUCGUGUCGAUGAUGUUCUGGUCCAUUUACGCCGUGGAUAGGGAGCUAAUCUUGCCGUCGGCCUUCCGAACAAUUUACCCGUGGUGGUUGAAUCACAUGGAUCAUUCUGCUCCUAUCGCUUUUAUCCUCAUUGAAGCAAUGACGUUACCUCAUUUCGUGUCGAUGAUGUUCUGGUCCAUUUACGCCGUGGAUAGGGAGCUAAUCUUGCCGUCGGCCUUCCGAACAAUUUACCCGUGGUGGUUGAAUCACAUGGAUCAUUCUGCUCCUAUCGCUUUUAUCCUCAUUGAAGCAAUGACGUUACCUCAUGUAUUCCCGUCUCGCUGGAAGGGAAUGUCUGCACUGCUGUUGCUUGCUUUAGUUUACCUUGGAUGGAUACUCUAUCUUGCCCUCAACUUCAAUGUUUGGGUUUACCCUUUCUUGAAAGUCAUGUCCUGGCCGAUGAGAGGACUUUUCAUCGUUCUGUCAAUGUGUGUGUUCAUGGGCGUGUACAUGAUCGGUGACUUCUUCUUGAAGCGGAGCUCAAGUGCGGCAUUGGAAUCUGGACGACGUUCAACGUUCCUCGACUCGCCCAUUUCUUCGGGGAUGCGGAAGAAGCAAUAA